CAAGCGUUACAAAAACACUCGAGGUUUUAUAAUUGAUAAAAUCUUUGGCCAUUUGGUCGGAAUUUGUGAACACGACUUCUCAAUUCCAAGAGAGUUAAAAGAAAAACCACACUUGAGAAAGUCCAAUAAGCAUAGGCAAAUUUAAAUAUCCAAAUUAUCAUUUCACGUAUAACAAGGAGAGACCAAAUGAUAGAAUGGCCCACCAAAAUUUCAAUUAUUUUUGAGACUUAAUCAUCAUUUUGGUCACAAGAUAUACAAAAUACUCUCCUGGAUUUUUAUCAUGAGUCAUUCCACACACUAAGCUUUAUAUCUUUUGACUUGCCGACAAUGGCCUCCAUUACUCUCCGUCGGAGAGACGCCGUGUUAUUGACGGCCAUGUUGGCGACUGAAACCGGAAAUGUGGCUAUGAAUACUUUGUUUAAAGCAGCGACUUCAAAAGGCCUUAAUUCUUAUACCUUCCUCAUCUAUUCUUAUCUCAUUGGCUCUAUUGUUCUUCUUCCUUCUCACAUCUUCUCUUAUAGGUUUCUAAAUAACAAUCUUUUUGUUAGUUAAUAAACCCUGUUUGAUUGAUUCUUGUUUUGUCAAAAGUUUUCAUUUGAUUACUUGUGCAUUCUUUUGCAGGUCAAGAUCACUUCCUUCACUAAGUCUUUCAAUUCUCUGUAAAAUUGGAGUUCUUGGGCUGCUAGGGUCAACGUAUCUGAUCACAGGAUUCAUAGGCAUCGAAUACAGCAACCCAACCUUAGCUUCAGCCAUUAGCAAUAUCAAUCCUGCCAUUACCUUCAUCCUUGCCAUUAUCUUCAGAAUGGAGAAAGCAUCUUUCAAAGAAAAGAGUAGUGUAGCCAAAAUGGUUGGGACAAUAGUUUCACUAGUUGGCGCACUUGUGGUAGUUCUCUACCAUGGUCCACGAGUCUUCACCCCAUCUUCUCCACCAUUUCCACAACUCCGUCAGCUUCUUUUGCCGUUAUCAUCCUCAAACUCGGAUUGGAUCAUCGGUGGUUGUCUUUUAGCCAUCAAAGACACCCUCGUUCCUGUUGCUUUUAUUCUUCAAGCACAUAUAAUGAAGUUAUAUCCAGCACCAUUCACGGUCUCUUUCUUCUAUUUUCUGAUUGCUUCAAUCUUGACGUCAUUGAUCGGAAUCGUAGCAGAAAAGAACAAUCCGAGCAUAUGGAUCAUUCAUUUUGACAUUACAUUAGUUUGCAUAGUUGUUGGGGGAAUAUUUAAUCCAGGAUAUUACGCGAUUCAUCUGUGGGCAGUACGUAAUAAAGGACCUGUUUACUUAGCUAUAUUCAGACCUUUAUCGAUUUUAAUAGCAGUGAUUAUGGGAGCGAUUUUUCUUGGAGAUUCUUUUUACCUAGGAAGUUUGGUCGGAGGGAUUUUGAUAUCGUUAGGGUUUUACACUGUGAUGUGGGGAAAAGCAAAAGAAGGGAAGACUCAGUUCUUGUCGCUGUCAGAGGAAACUCCUCUUCUAGACGAAAACAUAGACGACCGAAUAUAGAUUUACAAGAAUAUUGGAAACGAUGAUUUAAUUAAUAUGAUUAGCUCUUUGUAGAAUGUGUUUGUGUUGAUCGAGAUUAGGAGCACUCUAUUAGUAACAAUAAAAUGUUCUAUAUAGCUUUGUAACUGAACAUUGAACAAUAUAUUUUGUUACUCAUUUUUGAACACAUGUUACGGACAAAUGUUUUUGAAUAAUAUGAAAAUAGAUUGAGAGAGUUG